AGAAGAUCAUGUGGACAAUGAAAUAAAAUUGUUGAUUGAGAAGCAGAUUGAUGAGAUGGAUGCAAAGCUUUACAAAUUGGAUGCUAUAAUCGGGACAACUACUAUAAAUAUGCAGCAGACAGGGAAGAAAAUUAAUGCAGUAACUAAUUAUGACUACCGAUCAAUUUUGGUGCCCCUGCUGAAGUCAUUCAUGCGGGCACAACUGGAAGAACUGGCCAACAAAGAUGCAGAAAAGAAGUAUGAGGCUGUAGAAGAAGCAUUGUUAUCAGAAUUUGAUGAUCUUGAUAAAAAGAAAAAGACUGACAAAGGAGGUGGUAAUGCAAGACAAGGACAGGGAAAUUCCAAGGAAAAAAAUAAGAAAAGGGAUAAAAUAAAGUCAAAGAAAUAAAAGGUCUUGUAUUCUGAUCAUUGUUCUGUUUUCUUUUUAUGGUAGUUACUGUUGUCUAAAGCUACACAUUUAUAAAU